UAAAUGGUAAUUACGAUGAAAAGUUAGGCCACGCGGAUUGGAAGAGGGUGAGUUGACAUUGAAAACAUGGUUGAGUAAGGGAGCAACCAAACCAAAGGAAACGCAAAAGAGAGGAAGUAGAAGAAGAUAAUAUAAUUAGGCGAGUGUUGAAGAAAGGGUUAAGUUUGAAGCGAUGAGUUCGGGAAGCCAUAGUGAUAAGGAGAAGGAGAAGGAGAAGCAGAGGGUGAGCCGGACGUCGUUGAUACUGUGGCAUGCUCACCAAAACGACGCCGCAGCGGUGCGGAAGCUCCUGCAGGAGGAUCCUUCGCUGGUGACGGCAAGGGAUUACGACAACCGCACCCCGCUCCACGUCGCAUCUCUCCACGGCUGGAUCGACGUCGCUAAGUGUUUGAUCGAGUUCGGCGCCGAUGUCAACGCGCAAGAUCGUUGGAAAAACACCCCUCUGGCGGAUGCGGAAGGAGCUAAGAAGACUGAUGUGAUCGAGCUUUUGCAAUCUCAUGGAGGCUCUUCUUAUGGGCAAACUGGUAGCCAUUUUGAACCGAAGCCUGUUCCGCCGCCGUUGCCGAAUAAGUGUGACUGGGAAAUCGAACCUACCGAGCUUGACUUCUCCACCUCCACGAGAAUUGGAAAGGGGUCUUUUGGUGAGAUUUUAAAAGCCCAUUGGCGUGGAACACCAGUUGCUGUUAAACGUAUUCUUCCAUCUCUUUCAGAAGACAGAUUGGUGAUUCAGGACUUCAGGCAUGAGGUCAAUUUGUUAGUGAAACUUCGACACCCCAAUAUAGUUCAGUUUCUUGGAGCUGUCACUGACAGGAAGCCCCUUAUGUUAAUUACUGAGUAUCUGAGAGGGGGUGAUCUUCAUCAGUACCUCAAGGAUAAAGGUACACUUAGUCCAGCAACAGCUAUCAACUUUUCCAUGGAUAUUGUGAGAGGAAUGGCCUAUCUUCACAAUGAACCAAAUGUUAUAAUUCAUCGGGACCUAAAGCCAAGGAAUGUUCUUUUAGUCAAUACUAGUGCCGACCAUUUAAAAGUUGGAGAUUUUGGAUUGAGUAAGCUUAUCACUAUCCAGAGUUCUCAUGAUGUAUACAAGAUGACCGGUGAAACUGGGAGCUACCGCUAUAUGGCUCCUGAAGUGUUCAAACAUCGGAGAUAUGAUAAGAAGGUUGAUGUGUACUCCUUUGCAAUGAUUUUGUAUGAGAUGCUUGAAGGUGAACCACCUUUUGCAAAUCUCGAGCCUUAUGAUGGAGCAAAACGUGCUGCUGAGGGUCAAAGGCCUUCAUUUCGGUCAAAGGGUUAUAUCAAUGAAUUGCAAGAAUUAACGGAACAGUGUUGGGCUCAUGACGUGAAUCAGAGACCACCCUUCAUAGAGAUCCUUAAACGUCUUGAAAAGAUCAAGGAGAAUUUACAUUCAGAUCAUCACUGGCAUUUGUUUGCAUCAUAAAUGUCUAAUAGCAUUAAUUUGUUCAGAAAUUCAGAUUAUUUAUUUAUCACUACCAUCUGGUUUGCUGCGGCAUUUAUGGAGUGAUUGGGCCAACUGGAAAUCCUGCAAAGUCAAUACUUGUUUUCAACUGUUUGGAUUAAUGAGCAGAACAGGUGAUUUUAAUUGCCUGCCUUUGGUUUCUAGUAUUUUUAUCUCAUUUAAGCUCUCGUCUCUUUCAAGUGAGAGCGCAUGCAAUUUGUUGCCUAUGUGUAAAGCGUUUCAAGUGUACAAACAAAUUGAGCAAGUAGGUCACUUCAUGCAA